AUGGUAGGAGACACCGUGACUAUUCCAGGAAACUUCUCCUAUGGCCACAAUGAAGCCGUCAUUGCUCUCACAUGGGCCAAACUCGACCCAAGGCAGGAAGGAAAACGCCAUUUUGUCCACAUGUUUACUCCCAAUGGAACGUCGGUGGCAUCUGACGAACUGAAGGGAAGAGCCGUUUUCCACAAGAACGGGUCUUUCACCAUCCGGGACAUUCGGGAGGAAGACGAGGGGCAAUACGUCAUGACUUUACUCAUCGACGUCAUCGGGCAACGAGAGCAUUUUGUAAAGUUGGAAGUUGUCGUACCACCAGUGGUUGACUUGGGCGUGAAGAGUCCGUACGGAGCUCCUAUAGGAUCGGACCUCCGUCUCAACUGUACCAUCGACAAGAGCAACUCUCUGGUUUACUCCGUCAGCUGGUUCAAAGAUGGCCGCCCUCUCAAGUUGCAAAAAUUUGACUACGAGGACAAGGUGUUUUAUAGGUCGUCCAUAGUACUGAGAAACUUUACAUCAGCUGACAGCGGAAACUACUCUUGUGUUGCAAAAUCGCUGAAAACGCAGGAAACUGGAAGCGCCAUAUUAGAAGCAACUUACCCUGCUCGGGUUACCAACAUUUCUACUCAGCCAAGCAUCACAGCAGGAGAGAGCACGACACUCUGGUGCACGACUGCAGGCAACCCUCCUCCUAAAGUCACCUGGUACAAAAAUGGCCGCAAAAUAUACACCGGAGUUACCACAGAGGGAAACGUGACCUUCGUAAAGAUAAAGAGAGCGCGGACUUCAGACAUCGGGAAGUACAGAUGUGCGGCGGCUAAUGGACUUGGCGAGGAUUCAAGAACUGUUUAUCUGUCUGUUGGUGGCAUGGAGGUUACGGCAUCAUCGUCAUCAUCAGAAAUGACCAUAUCUGAGCGUUGGUUGGAGUUUGGCAUCAUCGUGGGCGGGGCCGUGGUCGGAACAACUCUGUUGCUGACGUCAUUCCUCAUUAUAAUAUUCGUUGCCAAGCGACGGAGGUCCAAGAGCGGCGGAUGUCAAACCUGCCACGUGUUGGCCAUCAGUCACAGCCAGCCUAAUCUGCACAUGAUAGGGGACGAUACGAGCCGGCAAUCACACACAGCGGGAAACCUUGACCCUGAAAAACCUCUGUCAGGUCGAUACCUUGCCAGGGCAAUACGGGACUAUAAACCAACACAGGAGGGCGGUCUUACACUCGAGGUCAACGAUGUCGUAGAGUUACUGUAUAUGGGAAGAGACGGCUGGUGGUACGGGUAUCUCAGAGGGAGCUUCGGCUUCUUUCCUUCACGAGCCGUCACCAUGAUCACUGGGAGAAGACGCUUGUCUAUGGGGAUCAAGGAACUAUCCCAGGACGACAUUGCCCCUGCCCGAAACUGCUCCUCGUGCCAGUGUCAACAGGCAGCCAAUUUCCUACGAUGA